UUAGCAGCUCAAAGCUUAGCUUACAGACCGGGUAUUUCAGUACACUGGUAGGGGAGAAAUAACAGCGUCUUAGUUAAUAUAUGAAUAACUAAAAAGAAAUCUAAUUAAGCAAUUAAAAAUAACUCACCCGUGCAGUUGUGACAGCUGACAUUGCUAUCUUAAUUUAGCUAAUGUUAAUGGUUAUACCUAGCCUUUUUGGUAUAUCAAGAAAAUAAUCCCAAAUUUGAACAAUGCUGUUUCACGUUAAGUGGUUCCACAUACUGGUCUCUCCACGUUAUGAACCUGAACCGAAUACGCCUUCAAAGCCAUCAACCAGGGAGGACUGACCUCUGUAGCGGUCAGAGGGAAGGACUGUGUUGUGGUUGUCACACAGAAGAAAGUCCCAGACAAGCUAUUGGUUGCCUCAACAGUGACACAUCUGUUCAGAAUCACAGAGAACAUUGGCUGUGUUAUGACCGGCAUGACUGCUGACGGCAGGUCUCAGGUGCAGAGAGCACGAUAUGAAGCAGCUAACUGGAUGUAUAAAUACGGCUAUGAGAUCCCCGUGGAGAUGCUGUGUAAACGCAUGGCUGACAUUUCCCAGGUUUACACACAGAACGCGGAGAUGAGGCCACUUGGCUGCUGUAUGAUAGUGGUUGGACUGGAUGAGGAGUUGGGUCCACAGCUGUAUAAGUGUGAUCCAGCUGGCUACUACUGUGGCUUUAAGGCCACGGCAGCUGGAGUAAAACAGGCCGAGGCCACCAGCUUCCUGGAGAAGAAAGUGAAGAAGAAGCUGGACUGGACCUAUGAACAAAUUAUAGAGGCUGCUAUCUCAUGUCUGUCUACUGUUCUGUCCAUCGACUUCAAGCCCUCGGAGCUGGAGGUGGGAGUUGUCACCACACAGGAACCUAGGUUCAAGAUUCUGUCAGAGUCGGCGAUUGACGCUCACCUGGUGGCCUUGUCUGAGAGAGAGUGAGGAAGGUUGGAAGCCAUGUUACUGUUGCUGUGAAGACCCUGUAAAGCAUGACAAAGCCUGAAAAGCUCAUCCACUCACACAACGGUCUAGAAGGAAGAUGGAGGAGGAGCUGGCAUCUCACUCAGAAGA